AUGGAACAAUUUAUAAAGGACCGUGAUUCCACAGAUAAAAAAUCCCCCUAAAAAUUAAUUUUAGUUAGAUCACCCAAUACAUAUCAGAAGUAAAACUCACCCAAAUAAAGCAAAGAGGAAUUUAAAAAAAAUAAGAUCAUAAAGAAGCUAGAAUUUAAUGAUGAAUUUCUUGUUAUAAAGUAGGAUGGAAUAAUUAGUCGAAGUACUCACUAAAUUCCUAAAUGCAACUAAGUUAAUGCUUCAUAUACCUUGGGUCUUCUCAAUUCUAUAGAACUUAAUCAUAAAAAUGAAAUUAUUAACAAAUUGAUCAAAACAAAUGACCAUGAAAUAUUAUAAGUGUCUAGAACUUCUAAUAAUAUAUCUUGCAAAUGUCGUAAAUCUAAAUGCAUUCAAAACUAUUGUGUCUGUAGUGCCAAUAAUUAGGAAUGUAAAUCAAAUUGUGAAUGUUAUAAUUGUUCAAAUAAAUCCCCCAAAUCUGCACCUCCCAAAAUGUCUUCUAUAGAGUUUAAUGGAUGUAAUUGUAGAAAACAAAAUUGUUCCAAACGCUAUUGUGAAUGUCAAAAGAGAAUGACCAGGUGCACUUCUAGGUGCAAUUGUUGUGAGGAUUGUGAAAACUAAGAGAUCUAGCCCUAGCCCUUUCAAUUAGAUAGCUUAUCCUGA